AAUUUGAAAUUUGGAUUAUGAAGGCGCUUAUUUUGGUUGGUGGUUAUGGCACUCGUCUUCGCCCCCUUACUCUUUCCUAUCCAAAGCCUUUGGUAGAGUUUUGCAACAAACCAAUGGUUUUUCACCAGAUUGAGGCUCUUGCAGCAGUUGGUGUCAAUGAAGUUGUUCUAGCAGUAAGCUAUCAGCCUCAGGCCAUGCAAGACUUUUUGGAGUCGGAACAACAAAAGCUGGGAAUCAAAAUAACUUGUUCUCGAGAAACUGAACCUCUUGGUACAGCUGGUCCUAUCAAACUGGCAGAGUCGUUGCUUAACGAUGGAGAACCAUUCUUUGUUCUAAACUCAGAUAUUAUUUGUGACUAUCCAUUCCAGAAAAUGUUAGAUUUCCAUCGUAAGCAUGGUGGUAUAGGCACAAUUCUAGUUACUCAGGUUGAAGAGCCCAGCAAAUAUGGCGUUGUUCUUUUUGAUAAAGAUGGGAAGAUUGAACGUUUUGUUGAGAAGCCUCCGAAGUUUGUCGGCAACAGAAUAAAUGCUGGAGCAUAUUUAUUUCAUCCUGUCAUUUUGCGAAAGUUGCUAUUGAGAGCUACUUCCAUAGAGAAGGAAGUGUUUCCCGAACUGGCUGCAGAAGGCCUACUGUAUGCAGUGGAGCUGGAUUCGUUUUGGGCUGAUAUUGGACAACCAAAGGAUUACUUAACUGGAAUGUGUCUUUAUCUCUCCAACAUACGUAACAAAGAGCCUGAGAAUAUUAUGUACGGUCCUGAGUUCAUUGGUAAUGUCUUAGUAGACCCUUCAGCAAAGAUUGGUCAGAACUGCCGUUUAGGUCCCGACUGUGUUAUUGGAAGAGAUUGUAUCGUAGAAGAUGGCGUUCGCUUAAUCAGAACUACUCUUCUUCCUGGAACUCGUGUCAAGUCUCAUUCGUGGAUUUCCGAUUCUAUUAUCGGUUGGCAAUGUACGAUUGGUGAAUGGGUUCGCAUAGAGAACAACACAGUUCUUGGCGAAGACGUUAGUGUAUCAGAUGAAAUUUAUGUCAAUGGAGCCAGUGUACUUCCUCAUAAAAAUGUCACCACAGAUAUACCCGACCCAACCAUUCUCAUGUAGUGAAUGUAUUAUUCGAAAUGAUUGGAAUUGC